AUGCCAAACCUUGCUACACUGUGGCACAACAAAACCCACCCCAGAAAGCCCACUCUUCCUCUACCUCACAUUAUCACAUACCGCGUCGCUGCGAUGGCAAGCACUGUUGACGAUACAACGGAAGCGGUCUCAAAUUUGACAAUGGAAACGGAAGGAACUAUGAGCAAAGAUUAUAUUGGAGUUCGACUCUGGGGUUCAAACUGUGGUGCCAUGGGGGGAAGUGACCACCGCUCUGGUGGGAACCCAUUUUAG